UUCUGCCAAGGGGAGUCCGAGAGUGGAUCCCUGCGUGCAGAUCAGCCGACAGCCCUAACCGUGGACCAGCAGCGGAAUCCUUCAUAUCAUCCUCAUCCAGUGGCACUACCACCACCCCCAUCCCUACCACCGUCAUAUUCGCCGGUAGGACCUCCACCACCACCACCACCAUCACACCGUCCGAGUGGGCUUCCUCCGAGGCUACAUCAUCCAGCAGCCCUGCAGCAGCCACAGCAACAACAGCACCAGCAACGUGCCGGCUGGGAUUGUAAUUUAUAUUCACGCACGACGACGCACUUCAAGAUGAUGAUGGCAACGAAAGGAAAACGCCCCUUGCGGCACCUGACGGCAACGGACAAGAUCGACGCCAUCCAGCGGAUUCACGACGGCGAAUCCAAGGCAUCGGUUGCCCGGGAUAUCGGAGUUCCGGAGUCGACCCUGCGAGGUUGGUGCAAGAAUGAGGAAAAACUGCGCUACAUGUCCCGGCAGUCGGCGGAGAAUGCCGAAAAGCUGACCAGCGAAGCAACGGCUGCCGCCCUGACAGCCGUGGCCGCCGCAGAACUGUUCAACGGACCUCCGGAGAAGCGGAUGAAGCUGGAGCAGGGACUGUUCGGGAACGGGAAGCUCAAAUACGACGACAGCUUCUACAAGAGCGCUCGGGGACCGAUGAAUGGGCUGGAUCUCAGUGGAGGCGAUAAGGGAUUGGGAGUUUCCGGAGGGGAUAUCAUCAUGAACGGACUGCACGGUGCGGACUUCAGUUCGUUUGCUAAGACAGCGGCCGAGAUCUCCGCGCUGAGUAAAUCCAAGGAACUCAACCUCAAAGGAUACGGUGCAGAUCAUAGCAAACACGGCGAUCUCAACAAGGCAGAGCUCUCGAUGGCGGCCAUCAGUCCGCUAACCAGCCUGGGUCACCUAUCCGGAAUGUCCAGUCUUGCCCAGAGUCCACUGGCAAUGAGUUUCAACGAAAUUGCCAACAAUCUGAAUCUCUUUGCACAGCUCAACAAUAACCACAACUUGGCCACCAUGUCCAACCUGGGUGGACUCAGUGCAGCUCAAUCGCUCCGGAAUGCACGCCCCAAGGGCAACUCUAGUCAGAGCCCCCGCACUGCGAGCCUGUCGGAAUCCAACGGCGACAAAACUCCGUCGCUGACGGUUCGCAACUUGGCCAAACUGCAACAGAAAAAUUCGGGCGGCGAUCUCAGUAACGGUAUGAUGCAUGGUAUCAAUCUAGCCGACAAAUAUAAACAACAACAACAACAGCAGCACCCAUCUGCUGCUCCCCUAAGUCGAGAAACGAACGCCCCGGACAACGAUGCACUCUGGUAUUGGUUGAAAUCUCAACAGGCCAUGCUCGGACUGAACAAUCUCUACUCGGCGAUGCCCCGCCCCUCGAGUCCUCAGCAAAGUUCUUCUCCACCACAGCAGCAUCAGCAGGUCCAGCAUCAUCCAUCGACCCAAACCCCAACGCCGCCGAUCGUGUCCACCCCGCAGCCAACGCCACCCUCCUCCGCCCCGUCCCUGACGCCGGAGGACACCAAAAACUCCUCCUGGUUCUGGCAGUGGUACAAAACCUUCGGAGCUUCUCUGAUGCCCGGCGACAAAUCCAACAACAACACCAUCAACGCCAAUGCCAACUCCAAGCAGACCUCCUACGAAAACAUCCUCUACUCUCAGCUCACCAAAGGCCAAAAUUCCGACUCGCUCAACAACAAUGCUCAACCCAUCAACCUUAACAUCAGUAGCUCAAACGGUCCGGAGAACCUCAAAUCCGAACCCGAAGAUCUCUCCAACCACAACCACUCAGCUUCUAACGCCGCCGUACCCGAGGAUCAUCAACGCUUCAACCCAAGCCCGUCUACUUCCGCCAAAUCCGAGUUGAAACAUGAUGACGAUGAAGAUCAUCCCACCGGUCCGGGUGAAUACGAACCCCCAGCGGAAUCCAAAUGCAACGGCAAAGUGAAGGACGUACUGGACAACUUCCUGUUCCAGAAUCACAACAGCAACGACCGUGCCAGCCCGGCCAACUUAUCGGUUCGCUCCGCCACCUCUCCCCGCCGUCGCUCGGUAAGUCCUGCUGUCAGCCACAACCACAACGCCAACAGUCCCGAUCCUGACAACGGUGACCUGGCCGUCACCACCAAUGGCAUCACGGACGAGCACAAGAGUGACAUCUCCGAGGAUUCCAACCAUCUGCUGGUGGUGGACAUCAAAAGCUCGGCCGACGCCGUCGAACACGGUGAGAAGUUCCUCAAGUGGCUGGAAGCGUGCAGCGAUCCGAACGUGACCGCCAUGCAGGUCAUGCAGUUCAAAUAUCUACUCAACAGCAUCAAACUGAGUGCCGAACGGCAGCAGCACAACGCCGCCACCAGCGGAGAGGAACGCACUCGAGUACGACGACGGAAGUAGAUCCUUCUCCCAAGCCCUUAGAUCCGUGUACAUAGUCCCACCCCUCCCAAAAGUCCAGUCGAAAUCAAAAGAUAGAAUGCAAAGAAUCACUCUGAACCCGAUAUCAUUAGUCCUACUCUCACCUGGUCACUCACUCUCUCCCUCUCUCGCUCGCCCGUUGAAUCUCUCCAACUUCGAAUAACCGAGAGACGCCGGCGGAGCGCAGUUGACCAGAGUUGAGGCUAGCAGUAGCAAACUCGUAUCGACAUAAGUAGUUAAAUUUUUCUCAAUUUUUUAUGAAGUCUAUUAUUUUGUUUACUAUCAUUAUUUUAUACAAAUACUAUCUAACGAACGAAGGCAAAACAGAGAACUCAUUAUCAGACAACGCUUUUUUCCAGUUGUCCGUUGCUAUCGCAAAGGUGUAAAUAAUACUCAUUGUUUAUCUAGAGAAAGAGAAGUUGAUAUCGCAAAACUUUUGACUAAGUAAGAAUACAACAUGCCAAAUGUACAAGUUAUCAAGAUAUUAAUCUAUGAAGAAAAAAAAAAUCCGUAUAUCGCUAUUGCAUAAACAAACAAAAAUCAACCUAUAAAUGUAAGAAACUUUGGAAAUCAGUUGUCCAAAACAAAAUCGAAUUACAAAGUGAAAUUAGCAAAACUAUGUAAACAAGCAAACAAACACAUACACACACAGCCAGGCAAAGUGGUCUCGUGUCAAAGAUCUCGUAUUUUCAUUUCGAAAAUUCUCAACUUUUCACAACUGCAAAUUCUGCUCAAAGUCCAAAGAAAGAGUAACCAAACGCUGGAAGCUUUUCGGUUCGUGGCGACACAAUUUGAUUAAUUUUUAGGGCAAAACACAUUCCCCUCGAAAAACAAAUAAAAAAAAACGUAAGAGGAUCCUCCAAAAACAAAAGGAAGGCCAUCAUUAUCAUUCAUCCUGUAGAAUUAAGGAGAUGCAACUUUUGAAAAGUUACAUUUAAGAGCACUAUAUAUAUAUAAAAAAAAAGAAACUGUCAGGAAAACAAAAAUCGUUUGGAUAACAACAUACACUAUUUUGGCAGAAACGAAGAGAAUAAAAAAAAAAAACACUUAACACAACUCGAAAACAGAAGGGACAAAUUCAAUGUGAUUAAAAUUAAACUGUAUUCCUACAAUCGUACAGGACGAAGUGAAGCUAACAAAAAAAAACAAUUACUCGGAAAACGGUGUCAAACAUUUCGACGAUAGACCAGCCUAGAGAGCAACAGCGGUGUUUGCGUGGAAGCAAGAGCUCACCGUCGCGAGGCGGACGAAUUAAAAAAAGAAAGAAAGAAGAAUGAAUUAUUAAAUGAAUUAAAGAAAAUUAAAGUGAAUAAAAUGUUACAUUUAAAACUAUGAGAGACCGAUCGAGUAGCAGACGAAGCGAAGGGAUACUAAUUAUUGGUAACUAUAAUGGAAAAUUAUUGAACCACAGAUGACAAAAGCUAGAGAUAAAAAUGGAAAAAUAAAUUAUCAAAUGAUUUCUCAAUAUCAGAAAAAAAAUAAA